AACAACGAGCGGCUGCCAGGGGCCCGAGAUAAAUACUGCGGCCAGGAAAGCGGCGCAGCAGCAUUGCCCGAGCCCCGCGCGCUCUGCGACCCUCCCGGCGCAGCGCCCUCUCCCAGCGCAGGCACUCCGCUCCGCACCCCGAAAUCUUCAGCCCUUUACACGCCGGUUCACUGCAGCCAGCCCCUUCGCCGGCCCUCGCACCCUGAGCGUCCUCCCAGGGCGGCGCGUCCUCGAGGCCUCCGGGCCGGUCGCGUCCACCAGUCGGUCGCGUACAUCGGUGGCGUCCGCUUGCGGUGCCAUGCCGUUCCUCGGGCAGGACUGGAGGUCCCCUGGGCAGAGCUGGGUGAAGACGGCCGACGGCUGGAAGCGCUUCCUGGAUGAGAAGAGCGGCAGCUUGGUGAGCGACCUCAGCAGUUACUGCAACAAGGAAGUGUACAAUAAGGAGAAUCUCUUCAACAGCCUCAACUACGAUGUUGCAGCCAAGAAGAGAAAGAAGGACAUGCUGAACAGCAAAACCAAAACUCAGUAUUUUCACCAAGAAAAAUGGAUCUAUGUUCACAAAGGAAGUACUAAGGAGCGCCAUGGUUAUUGCACGCUGGGAGAAGCUUUCAACAGGCUGGACUUCUCAACCGCCAUUCUGGAUUCCAGGAGAUUUAACUAUGUCGUACGGCUGUUGGAACUGAUAGCAAAGUCACAGCUCACAUCCCUGAGUGGCAUUGCCCAAAAGAACUUCAUGAACAUUUUGGAAAAAGUGGUACUGAAAGUCCUUGAAGACCAGCAAAACAUUAGACUAAUAAGGGAACUACUCCAGACCCUCUACACCUCCUUAUGUACACUGGUCCAAAGAGUCGGCAAGUGCGUGCUGGUCGGGAACAUUAACAUGUGGGUCUACCGAAUGGAGACGAUUCUGCACUGGCAGCAACAGCUGAACAACAUCCAGAUUACCAGGCCUGCCUUCAAGGGCCUCACCUUCACUGACCUGCCUUUGUGCCUGCAACUGAACAUCAUGCAGAGGCUGAGCGAUGGGCGCGACCUGGUCAGCCUGGGCCAGGUGGCCCCCAACCUGCACGUGCUCAGCGAGGACCGGCUGCUGUGGAAGAGGCUCUGCCUGUACCACUUCUCUGAGCGGCAGAUCCGCAAGCGAUUAAUUCUGUCAGACAAAGGACAGCUGGAUUGGAAGAAGAUGUAUUUUAAACUUGUGCGAUGUUACCCACGGAAAGAGCAGUAUGGAGAUACCCUACAGCUUUGCAAACACUGUCACAUCCUUUCCUGGAAGGGCACUGACCACCCGUGCACAGCCAAUAACCCAGAGAGCUGCUCCAUUUCACUCUCUCCCCAGGACUUUAUCAACUUGUUCAAGUUCUGAAUCGGAGCACAUGACAGCACUUCAGAAGGGUUCCCCUGCUGACUGGAUGGCUGGGAAUACAGAGUUUGGACACUUCCUUUGUAAAUAGUGUACAUUUUAAACAUUGGCUCGAAGCUUCUGAGAUAAGUCACGGAGAGGACAUUUGGAGGGGAGAGACGCAGUCGCUGGCUGGGAAUUUAAGACUAUAGCCUCCUCAUUAGAAUUGGUAUGGAAAAGCAGAAAUACUGUAAAUAAACUUUUUUUCCUAACAAUUUGCCGGCAAGACUGUAAGGGCAGGAGUUCUGUGUCGUCGGUGAAAAUGGAAUUCUCUCGACAUUCACUGAAACUCUUGGAUAGUUCCUAGAAAUGCAGAAGAAGAGGGCAAAACUCCAAUACAAGAUAGAACACGCUUUGUUUACAAUGUGAAAAUCUGCUUUAAAAAAGAAGAAGAAAAACUACAGAUGAGAAAUCCCUGGGUUUUUGGUUUUGAUUUUGGGUUAGUUUUAAGAAGGCAAGGAAAGUACCACCCAUCAUAAACCACAUGGGCAUACACAGGGCCUUAUUUACAAAGAUGUCACACAAUAGUCUACCUCGGAAAGCACACAGUGAUCUGACAAAAUGCGGUGUCCAGUAGGCAGUGUCUGUUUUUCUUGUUUUUUCAUCUAUAAAAAGUGAUUUAAAAUAGGAAGGGAUCUUGAGGCAGAACUCAUGUUCCUUAUGAGGUGAAUGGGGCAGUCUUCGGAGUUGCCUCUCGUCUAGAACAACCCCCAAAAUACAUAGGCUUUGUUUCCUUUCAUGCUGUCACUCAUUCGGGGCAACAUAAGGCCAAUUAAAAACCGUCCCAGAGGAUGUCCUGCCCCAGAAAAGAUAGAAUGAGUCACCCUGUAGCUGUGAAAGCUCUCUUAUUCCUGUUGAAUUUCCGGGCUUGUCUGCUUCCUGGGGUAUCUUCACGGAUAAGCAUAAGCGUGUCUCUGUGGACUGGUCGGAGCCAGAAUGCUGAUAAAGGCUUGUAAAGUAGGUUUGACGUGUCAGCGAGGCGUUUUACCGGCUGCCCUUCCUCUUGGUGUGUGAUGAACUGAGGAGCUUUCUUUUCCUUACGUCCAACAUCAAAAUAUGGUCACCCUGAGCUAGGGCUUCUUGCAGGGAUGAUAAAAUAAAGCCUAGAGUUCCAGCCAAAUAGGGAACAGAGAGGCUUUCAGUUCAUCCUAAAUAUGCUUUGUACCCAGGGUAUCUUGCUAGGCCAAGACCAGCAGGUAACUAGGUGGGAGAAAGGGAAUCUCAGGAUGUAAUAAGUUUAUUGUCAAAUAUUCCUGGGAGCGGGUGGGGAGUGUUUUUGUUUUUUUACUUUUUAUAGAACUUUGCUUUUCUACAAAAAUGUACAUAUUUUGCUGUUGUAUUUGCUUUGCCUUUUUUUUUUUUUUUUUUUGUAAAUAAAGUUGCCACCCUGCAUGUCCUUGGAAAAUAAGCAAAGCCAAAUAGGAACUUGGUUCCCAUUCAUGCUGAAGAUCGGUGCAUCUUCAGAGGUUGAAGCUGGGGUGAUCUAAAGAGGGACAGGUGGUUUGGCUGAACAGAAACAAGCCCAGGAACCAGCUGGUGAUGCUGGGCCUCUUCACGCCCUUCCCUCAACACACAACUCAAGUACCAACAUUUGGAAGAGAAGCCAACUGUUAGUCAGUGCCCCUCACUUUGCAAUGUUUGUGCAUAUACCAGGGUUUCUCAAUAUUUUUUUUAUUAUCACCCUCCCAGAAGAAAAAAUUGAACUGAAUUUAAAUUCCCCCUAAUAAGAAAAAUUAAAUAUUAAACAAUAAAAUCUUGCUGGGUAAGGUCGAGCUUUGGAGGGCCACAAACCGCUGUAAUACUGAGAAAUAUUUUUUGCCCUCCACCCCGCCUCCCAGCCCAGCCAGGAUCUCCCUGAAAAUGCAGGGCCUACACUGCAGAGUUUAAAAGCUUCCAUAACUCGGGCAGCUUUUCUCAAAUGUCUGUUUUCUUAAAGAGGCGGGACAGAACUUGGGAACCUUUGACUCUUUAGGGUUAGGUGUCCAUGGCCUUCACAUCUUUCCUCCAACUUGUGACCUCUGCCCCUUCAUGCUGAUCAAGGAGUGGAGGCUCCUGGGCCCCUUCAGGUUGGUGGUCCCAGAAACGUCACCGGCCCUGGCCGAUCCGCGCAAAGCUGGCGAGCCAGCCUUGGUUAGGCUGCCCGCAAUGCUCAUGGUUGCCCAUCUGCCCGAAGCAGCAAGGCACGUGUGCGCAAGAGACCCCUACCCACAAGUGGCAGGGCUUCUGUGUUCUGAGAUAUUUACCUAGGAGGCGCCUCUGGGCUCUUGCAUCUCCUCUGGCGCCAUUGGAGGUGGUGUGUAACAGAAUUAAGGGAAAUUUUUAAGGAACCCACCCCCCGCCAUUUGUAGUUUUCUUUCAUUGGAAAAGGAGAUAAGAAGGAAAUGGCAGGUGGAGAGGGAGAGGGAAAGGAAGGGAAAUGGCAUCUCUUUGAAGUUGUGGUGUGUGUGAGGGCAAUAGGGACAGGCAUAGUGGUCAUAGAGCAUCUGUGUUGGUGCCACAUGGCAGCUGUGACACGUGGCCAGAGCCUCACAUAUAAGUAAAAUGAGGUAAAAAGAAAAUUCGUGUUCCCUGGGCACUAAUCAUCUAUAAAAUGUCUCAUGGCACACCCUCCAAGGACAACUUGAUCUGAAAAACAGAAACACAGAAUCCCCAUCUCGUAACUGCUGGUCUUAAAGCCAGAAGGGACAUGACAGUGGAAAUUGCUGGAAGAAGUAGUAACACUCUACCCUCUUUGCUGUACUUACCCACCCCCACCCCAACCCUGUGGUGUAGCAUUUGAAACGGAUGUGAACUAUGAAGUAAUGGGGACUUACAGAAAAGGAAAGAGUGUUGUCCAGGGCAGUGUGGGCAAAUCCACGAGGGCACUAUCAUUUGGUCCAACGGAAAGGCUUAUGAGCAAUGAGCCCAGGGUUUCUUGAGAAUGACGAUGGCACUUGAGGACAGGAGAAUAUGCGAAGUUUAGGAGUGUUUGCUUUAUAGCAAGAUCCAGAAGAAAGUCCAAAGAUGUCUUAAACUCUUGCAUUAUGACUCAGCGCUUUGAGCAGACGGAUCAGUUAUGUGGAAGGGCGAAGGGCAGACACUUCUAGGUGACAGUUGUGUAAUGACAUUUGUUUAGGGACGAUCAAUUUUAUAUUAAAGUGGCUCAGAGAAGAUACUUGAGAUGAGUCUUGCUUAUACUGCAAGACUCAACACAAGAGCAGGCUUUACUUGGCAAUGGUGAAGUAAGGCAAUGAGUGUAUGUUGCAUUAUUGCCACAGUUCUCACCCGUGAAUUCAAAAACUUUCAUGACAAGCUUGCCAUUAACAGAUGCUCCUUCUUGUCGUUGUUUUUAUGUGGGAGACGAAAAUGAGUUUGGAAUUUCAUUUGUCUAAGCAAGUGGUAUGAUGUACAAGAAGGUCAAUCAUUUCAAGACAUGUUCAGCAGUGUAUCAUCCUUAGCAUUCAAUACAAUGUUUAUCAUAAAACAUGCACCUGAGUUUAUAUUUCUCUGCCAGGCUGUAGGGCAAUAAUGUCUUGCUAUGCAAACACUCUAUUUUAUGUGUGGAUUUUUUAACUGUAACUUUAUGUGUGAAUUUUUCUAACUAAAGUAUAUCAUCAGUUUCUAUGUUGACAUCUGUUGUUUUUUUUUUUUUUAAUCUGUUUCCAACUCUCUGAGUCUGUGAACCAUCCCUUCUGACUGGAUGCUGGCCUGAAAUCCUAUUAGUGUUUAAACAGACCUCAGAAACACCCUGAACCUCUAGGCAAAUGCGGACAUGUGGCUCUUUGAUAUAUCUUGGGCCCUUGAUGUCUUCCACAAACAAGAUCAUAAUUCCUUUAAACUUGACGUUUUCUAUAGAUGCUGUCUUCUCUGCUUUGUUAAAGAAAGUAAACCCUCCAUGGUUUUCCAAGGGAGGGAAACUCUUACCCUAGACCUGAGCACUGGAAGGGUGGUUAGAGAUGUGGAAGUCUGGCACUCUCUUUGCCUUUUGAGAUGAGGCAAUGGGUCCAGAACAUUCCAGGGCCAUGCCUCAGCCCGCCUGGUACCCAGUGGCGGACCUGAGCUUACACCUGGGACUUUCCAAGGCCUCCCCUUUGUGCCCCAGCCCCAGCACUUCUCGGCGUGGCCGGGGCCACAGGACGCUGGCACGGGUCUUCUCAAGACCCUCACUGUGGGAGGCGCGCAUGAGGGUCCGGCGUUCAGCGUCUGGCUGUUGACUCCUCCAAACAUUUUAAGUCCCUGAUCCUCCCUGAAGAAAUUAAGGAGCCAUAUAAUAAUUUCACAGACUUCUGACUCUGCUGUGAGUACAGGCAGCAUUCUAGUGAAUGCAGUCUGCUGGCCAGAAAAUAAGCAGCUUGUUUGACCAAUUCUUUUUCCCUGGGUACUUACAUGUUAAUUACAAAAAUGACCCUUAAGACAGAUAAGGACAGAGCACCUGGCUUGCUUUCUAGAAACUGAGCACGUGUUUCCUCUCCCCUUAGACUAAGAGGUGUAUUGAAUCCAUCCCUGCCAUCUCCCUGUCCUCGGGUACCUGCUGGGGAUGCUACCCCGUGAGCGUCUAUCCCCACGGAAGCUUGCUCUCUCCCAACCCUCACCUUUACGAAGCAAGGGGGUAUUAUUCCAUGAGGCAGCAAGGCACAAGGAACCACGAUAGUCAAAACUUUGUCUGCUGGACGUUUUUCAAAGUGUCCUUGAACUCACUCAGCAAACAAAACUUCCUGAAAACUCUCUCAAAACUUAGGCCCUGCUGCAUUUGGCCAAAAAUGGAUGGCUGCUCCGAAACCCUGAACCUCUUGAAAUUCCAUCUGCUACAGCAUUACUUCUGGGGUUUGAACAUGACUUUUUCUGUCUUUGAGUAUAGAAAUGUUUGUUUAAUUAACGAUACACAAGUAUGUUAAACAGAAGGCUCCCAGCAGUGCUCUCCACUUGAGAGCUCAUGGCGCCAUCUUUGUCCUACCCAGUGCCAGUCACCCUGGCUAACGGGGCUACAUUCAAGCCCACAACCUCAGCUUAGAGGCUUGACUUUUUUAAUGAAAAAUAGUAUAGGGGGUUGAACAUUGUAACUAAAAGUAUAAGGUUAGACCAAUUAUGUGCAAAGAUGUUUAUUUAAUAUUGUGUGAGCUGUCCAUCUGUAUAAAUUAUUUGCACACUUUUCUUGCAUGAUGAACUGACUUUUUUAUAGUUGUUUGUACCAGACGGUGGUAUAUUUUUGUAAAAACUUUUUGACACUGAAUUGCAAUAAAU